AUGGAAGAGAAGCUGAAGAAAACCAAGAUCAUCUUCGUGGUGGGCGGGCCUGGCUCGGGGAAGGGCACCCAGUGUGAGAAGAUUGUCCAGAAGUACGGCUACACCCACCUGUCCACCGGGGACCUCCUGCGGGCCGAGGUCAGCUCGGGCUCGGCCCGGGGCAAGAUGCUCUCGGAGAUCAUGGAGAAGGGGCAGCUGGUGCCGCUGGAGACCGUGCUGGAUAUGCUCCGAGACGCCAUGAUGGCCGUGGUGGAAACUUCCAAAGGCUUCCUGAUCGACGGCUACCCGCGGGAGGUGCAGCAGGGGGAGGAGUUUGAGCGGAGGAUCGGACAGCCCACGCUGCUGCUGUACGUGGACGCAGGCGCCGAGACCAUGACCAAGAGGCUCCUCAAGCGGGGAGAGACCAGCGGCCGCGUGGACGACAACGAGGAGACCAUCAAGAAGCGGCUGGACACCUACUACAAGGCCACGGAGCCCGUCAUCACCUUCUAUGAGAAGCGCGGCAUCGUGCGCAAGGUCAACGCCGAAGGCUCCGUGGACAGCGUCUUCGCCCAGGUCUGCACCCACCUGGACGCCCUCAAGUAG